AUGGAGACAAAUGCGGCUGCAAGCACAUCUAGACAACCAGUUUUCUCUGAAAAGGGUGAUAAUAAAGAAGGUGGGGAGUCAGUUUCCAAGGAGGUCAAUGAAGAUAUUGAGGGUAAGGCCAUGGAGAUAAUGAUACCUCAAAAUGCCGAGGGAUAUGAAGGCAGGGAUGGGAAACAGGUUAGGGAAAUCAUGGAGAUAAGAGAACUCAGUCUUGAUAUUCAAGAUGGGCAGAUGUUUGAAGUUGAGAGUGAAAUUCUUGAAGUCCAAUUAAGUGCUCAAAGGAGAACAUGGAGAAGAGCUGCAAAAGCAGGGAGACUUAUUAGACAUCAUCCUUACUCAGAUAGUGAUAUGUAUGCAAUUGGGGAUAAGAGAGAGAGAGGGGAUGAGACAAGGGAUUUACUCCUUAUGUGGGACCAGUCAAUGGAAAUCAGAAAUAUUAUUGGGAAUGAAUUCUGCUUGCAAGUGGAAGCUCGGGGUCCUGGGAUCAGUGAGUGGUGCUGGUUGAUAUUUGUGUACCUGAAUACUGACAGAAACCAGAGGACACAACAAAGGGAAUUUCUUAUGAACUGUAAGAUGAACUGGGGGAGGUGUUAG